UUAAUAAAAAUUGUUGAACAAAUAUAUUUCGCCGCAGUGUUAGUAGAGAAAACCACUAAAUGUGUAAAGCUGCUAUCAAGCAAUGCAAAAACAAAACGUGCAAUAAAAUAAAAUUCUAAUAAAAAUAAAAUUUAAAAAAUUUUUUUGUAAAUUUACAUGUCACAAAAUGUUGCUACGCCUAUUUAAACUGCACCCUUUAAUAGGGUCAUCAGCUAUAAUAUUGCUGGCAGUAAUAGUGACCCAAAAUGUUAAUGCUGAACCUGAGGAAACCAAUAUUUUUGAAAAUAUUGCCACCAAGGGUUUGGAAUUGGCGAGCAAUGUGGCUGAAAUGGCGGGUAAUGCUGGUAUGAUAAAUGAUCAACAAGGUUUUGAAUUACCCUUUGCCAAAGUAAAUUCCUCAACUAAAAUUGGAACGGGAGCAGCUUUUAGAGAGGAACAAGAUUCCUCAGAAGAGGAUAGGCGGCGUAGAAAAAGAAGUUUGGUUAAUUUGGAGCAAAAACAUAAUGGACUAUUGGACAACGAAGCUUUAUUGGAUGAGAAAUAUUUGAAUAGAGAUAAACGUUCGCCUUGUCGUGGUGGUGGCGGAGGAGGAGGAAGUGGAUAUGGGGGAGGUGGUUAUGGAGGAGGUGGUUAUGGUGGAGGUGGAUAUGGAGGUGGAGGAGGUGGUGAUGUUGCUGCUGGAGGUGGUGGAGGUAGUGGUGGUAGUGCCGGAGGAGGCCUUGGAGGUGGCGGUCUUGGAGGAGGAGGUCUAGGAGGUCUUGGUGGAGGAGGUGCAGGAGAUGCUGGUGGAAUAGAUUUUGGAGGCAUUGGUUUAGAUGGUGAUAUACUGGACAUACCGGAACUUCGUCGACGUGCUAAUGCCCGCCGACGCAAGAGUAAUACCAGAAGAAAUUCCAACACAGGACGAAGAACUAGCCGCAGAAGUAACGGUCGACGUAGAAACACCUACUUGGUAAAGGACGAAGCUAAUGAAAUUUUGACACGUAGUAAACGUCAAGCACAAUAUGAUGACCCUAACCAAAAUAUGGGCAAUGGCAAAAAGGAUUUCAAACAACGUGCUAAAGAAAUUGGCGAAAAAAUACGCAAUGUUGCUCAGAAUGUUAAGCAUUCGGUAAGAAAUGUAACACAGACUAUUAAAGAACAAAUAUUUGGUGGAAAUUCAAAUAACAGGAAUCCCAAUAACAUGAAUCCCAAUAAUAUGAAUCCGAAUAGUUUGAAUGCAAACAAAAUGAAUCCCGAUGAUAUGAAUCCGAAUAAUAUGAAUUCAGAUAAUAUGAAUACCAAUUCUAUGAAUCCAAAUAAUCCGAAUAAUAUGAAUGGAAACAAUAUGAAUCCAGAUAGUAUAAGUCCCGAUAAUAUGAAUUCCAAUAAUAUGAAUGCAGAUACGAUGAAUCUAGAUAAUAUGAACCACGACUUCACACGACGCAAGCGUCAAACCCAAUUCGAUGAUCAGAGCAUGGGUAGUGGCAGCAUGGAUUUUAAACAAGGUAUUAAAGACAGAAUACAAAAUGUUGCUGGGAAAGUUAAGGAAACUGUAGGAAAGGUAACACAGAGAAUUAAAGAUAAACUUGGUAGUCGCAAUUCGAAUCUUAUGAAUACGAAUGAUCAAGCCUUGGAACGAAGCAAGCGACAAGCCCAAAAUGAUUUCAUGCAAAAAGCUACAGAAAUUGGUGAUAAACUCCGUAAUGUUGCUGAGAGUGUUAAAAAUUCGGUAAUGAAUGUUACACAUACUAUUAAAGAUCAAAUUCUUGGAGGGAAUUCAAAUAUGCCUCCAAAUAACAUGAAUCAGGCUUUCAAACGACGCAAGCGACAAACCCAAUUCGAUGAUCAGAACAUGGGUAGUGGCAACAUGGAUUUUAAACAAGGUAUUAAAGACAGAAUACAAAAUGCUGCUGGAAAAGUUAAGGAAACUAUAGGAAAGGUAACACAAAGAAUUAAAGAUAAACUUGGUAAUCGCAAUUCGAAUCUUUUGAAUACUAAUGAUCAAAUAUUGGCAAGACGCAAGCGACAAGCACAAAAUGAUUUUAUGCAAAAGGCUACAGAAAUUGGCGACAAAUUCCGUAAUGUUGCUGAGAGUGUUAAAAAUUCGGUAAUGAAUGUUACACAUACUAUUAAAGAUCAAAUUCUUGGAGGGAAUUCAAAUAUGCCUCCAAAUAACAUGAAUCAGGCUUUCAAACGACGCAAGCGUCAAACACAAUUCGGUGAUCAAACCAUGGGUAGUGGUAGCAUGGAUUUUAAACAAGGUAUUAAGGAAAAAAUACAAAAUGUUGCUGGAAAAGUUAGGGAAACUGUAGGAAAGGUGAGACAGAAAAUUAAAGAAAGACUUGGUGGUGGCAAUUCAAAUCUUAUGAAUACUGAUGAUCAAGCAUUAGCAAGACGCAAGCGACAAGCACAAAAUGAUUUCAUGCAAAAAGCUACAGAAAUUGGCGACAAAUUUCGCAAUGUUGCUGAGAGUGUUAAAAAUUCCGUAAUGAAUGUUACACAUACUAUUAAAGAUCAAAUUCUUGGUGGAAAUUCAAAUAACAUGCCUCCAAAUAACAUGAAUCAGGCUUUCAAACGACGCAAGCGUCAAACACAAUUCGAUGAUCAGAGCAUGGGUACUGGUAGCAUGGAUUUUAAACAAGGUAUUAAGGAAAAAAUACAAAAUGUUGCUGGAAAAGUUAAGGAAACUGUGGGAAAGGUGAGACAAAAAAUUAAGGAUAGACUUGGGGGUGGCAAUUCGAAUCUUAUGAGUACGAAUGAUCAAACACUGACAAGACGCAAGCGACAAGCUCAAAAUGAUUUUAUGCAAAAAGCUACAGAAAUUGGCGACAAAUUUCGCAAUGUUGCUGAGAGUGUUAAAAAUUCCGUAAUGAAUGUUACACAUACUAUUAAAGAUCAAAUUCUUGGUGGAAAUUCAAAUAACAUGCCUCCAAAUAACAUGAAUCAGGCUUUCAAACGACGCAAGCGUCAAACACAAUUCGAUGAUCAAAAUAUAGGUAGUGGCAACAUGGAUUUUAAACAAGGUAUUAAGGAAAAAAUACAAAAUGUUGCUGGAAAAGUUAAGGAAACUGUAGGAAAGGUGAAACAGAAAAUUAAAGAAAGACUUGGUGGUGGCAAUUCGAAUCUUAUGAAUACGAAUGAUCAAGCAUUGGCAAGACGCAAGCGACAAGCACAAAAUGAUUUCAUGCAAAAAGCUACAGAAAUUGGCGACAAAUUCCGCAAUGUUGCUGAGAGUGUUAAAAAUUCGAUAAUAAAUGUUACACAUACUAUUAAAGAUCAAAUUCUUGGUGGAAAUUCAAAUAACAUGCCUCCAAAUAACAUGAAUCAGGCCUUCAAACGACGCAAGCGACAAACCCAAUACGAUGAUCAAAACAUGGGUAGUGGCAACAUGGAUUUUAAACAAGGUAUUAAAGACAGAAUACAAAAUGUUGCUGGAAAAGUUAAGGAAACUGUGGGAAAGGUGAGACAAAAAAUUAAAGAUAGACUUGGUGGUGGCAAUUCGAAUCUUAUGAGUACGAAUGAUCAAGCCUUGGAACGAAGCAAGCGACAAGCUCAAAAUGAUUUUAUGCAAAAAGCUACAGAAAUUGGCGACAAAUUCCGCAAUGUUGCUGAGAGUGUUAAAAAUUCCGUAAUGAAUGUAACACAUACUAUUAAAGAUCAAAUUCUUGGUGGAAAUUCAAAUAACAUGCCUCCAAAUAACAUGAAUCAGGCUUUCAAACGACGCAAGCGACAAACCCAAUUCGAUGAUCAGAGCAUGGGUAGUGGCAACAUGGAUUUUAAACAAGGUAUUAAAGACAGAAUACAAAAUGUUGCUGGGAAAGUUAAGGAAACUGUAGGAAAGGUGAGACAAAAAAUUAAAGAUAGACUUGGUGGUGGCAAUUCGAAUUUUAUGAAUACGAAUGAUCAAGCAUUGGCAAGACUCAAGCGACAAGCCCAAAAUGAUUUCAUGCAAAAAGCUACAGAGAUUGGCGACAAAUUCCGCAAUGUUGCUGAGAGUGUUAAAAAUUCCGUAAUGAAUGCAACACAUACUAUUAAAGAUCAAAUUCUUGGUGGAAAUUCCAAUAAUAUGCCUCCUAAUAACAUGAAUCAGGCUUUCAAGCGACGUAAGCGUCAAACCCAAUUUGAUGAUCAGAGCAUGGGUAGUGGCAGCAUGGAUUUUAAACAAGGUAUUAAAGACAAAAUACAAAAUGUUGCUGGGAAAGUUAAGGAAACUGUGGGAAAGGUGAGACAAAAAAUGAAAGAUAGACUUGGUGGUGGCAAUUCGAAUCUUAUGAGUACGAAUGAUCAAGCCUUGGAACGAAGCAAGCGACAAGCUCAAAAUGAUUUUAUGCAAAAAGCUACAGAAAUUGGUGACAAAUUCCGCAAUGUUGCUGAGAGUCUUAAAAAUUCGGUAAUAAAUGUUACACAUACUAUUAAAGAUCAAAUUCUUGGUGGAAAUCCAAAUACAAUGUCUCCAAAUAACAUGAAUCUAGCUUUCAAACGACGCAAGCGUCAGGCACAAAAUGCCAAUAUUGAUGAAAAAGUUAAGCAAACUGUUGGAAAAGCCACCCAAAAUAUUAAAGAUGAACUUGGUGCUCGGAAUUCGAAUCUAAUGAAGACAAAUGAUCAAGAUUUAAUGCGACGCAAGCGACAAUCUGAAUUGGAUGAUUUAAAUCACAACAUUGGCAAUCUUUUCGCUCAACACUCUCAAGAUUUCGGUGAGAAAUUACGCAAUGUUGCUGAAAGUCUUAAGCACUCGGUAUUAAAUGUGACAAUGACUAUUAAGGAUCAAAUUAUGGGUUAAAAUACGAAUGACAAGGCAUAUAAUUUAGGCGGUAAAAAGAGUAUAAGUUGUAAUUUCUUAAAGAUUUAGAUGUAUUUUAUAUAAAUAGGUAUAUGGUAACUGUUUUAUCAGUAUGUUAUUUUAUGUUUAAUAAAAUUUUAAGAAUUAUGGGAAUUUUUAAAUGUAAUUUUCAAAAACCUGUAAAAUGAAAAGAGUGUUUUAUUAUUUCGAAUA